CUGAGACCGGGCCAGGGGAGGGAGAUAACUGUAUUACCGGGAGGCUUUUUGGCAGGUUGGGUCUGCCGCCAUGAGGCUCCGUUUGGCCGGAGCCGUGCUGCUGUCGGCGGCCGCGUACUUUGUGUACCUGCCGCUGCCGAAGGGAGUCUGUGAGCCGUGGAAGCUGAUGCUGCUGGACGCGCUGUUCAGGAGCUUCAUGAAGGCGAGUGACGUGGCUCAUGCUCUGGGUGUCUGUCACCGCCUCCACCUGUUGAACCAGGUGGUUUCAUGGUUGGAGGUGAUUGAGGCCCAAUCCAGCCCCACCUUACUCGUGACGGACUCCACCCUGGGCGGCAUCCCCACCCGCGUCUUCCAGCCGAAGGGGGGGAAGCUUCUGAAACGGGGGAUCAUAUAUUUCCACGGGGGAGGAUGGGCCCUCGGCAGCGGACGGAUGCGAUCGUAUGAUCUUCUGUGUCGGAAAAUGGCCGAGGACCUGGACUCUGUGGUCAUAUCUGUAGAUUACCGCCUGGCUCCAGAGGCCGUGUUCCCUGAUCAGUACCACGAUGCGUUGGCAGCGUCGCGGGCCUUCCUGUCCUCUCAGGUCCUGGAGCGUUACAGCAUCGACCCAGAGAGGGUUUGUGUGUCAGGUGACAGCGCCGGAGGAAACCUGGCUGCAGCCGUGGCACAGGAGCUCAGCUCAGAUGAUUCUCUGACGGUGAAGUUUAAAGCUCAGGCGUUGGUCUAUCCCGUAUUACAGGCGCUUGACUUCUACACACCAUCCUACCAGCAGAACCAGGCUGUACCCAUCCUCUACAGGCCCUACAUGGCUCGCUUCUGGCUGGAGUAUUUAGGCGCCAACCGCUCCCUGGAGCCUCUCCUGCUCGCUAACAACCACAGCUCCCUGGACCAGCCGGCCAUUGGCGCCAGCACUCGUUCCAAACUUGACUGGACAGCUUUGCUCCCGGCUGAUCGCAGGAAACACUUCAGACCAGUUUUAAAAGAAACGGGGUCAGUGGGGGUGAUGAGGGAGGUACCGGGGCUGAUAGACGUCAGAGCUGCGCCGCUGUUGGCGGAGAAGGAGGUUUUGAGCAGGACACCUAAAGCAUACGUGAUGACCUGUGAGUUUGACGUGCUCAGAGACGACGGGUUGAUGUACGUGAGGCGCCUUCAGGAUGCCGGCGUCUCUGUGACCAGCGAUCACUAUGAGGACGGCUUUCACGGCUGCAUGGUGUUUGCAUACCUGCCGAUGUUGUCUCGUGUUGGAAAGAGGAGCAUGGAGAACUACAUCCGCUGGCUGGACCAGAAUCUGUAGACAAUCAGAGCGGUGCAGAUUCUCCACGAUCAGUGAGAAGAGAGAGUGAGGUACCAACAACGUGGAGGAGACGGGCUCAUCCUUCAGAGAGCUUCUACCUGGAUCUGAGGAGAGGAAACGUUUCUUUGAUUAUCACUUAGUAACAUAUGUGGAGAUAAAGUGGGUAUAACAUCAGAACUGGGAUUUUUAACAGGAUUUUUUAUCUGCUGUGGUCAUGCUUCCUCAGCUGCUGGGAGCAUGACUGUCUGCAUUUUGGGAAGAUUUAAAAACAAAAAAAAAUUAACAAAUCUAAAUCCUAGACUCAUGAUAUAGCCUCUUUAUCCACAAUCAUUUUCUGGUACUGUUUAUACUCGCCUGUUACUUGAUGUACACCUGGAGGAUUUAUCAGUAUCUCCACUAGGGGGCAAACAGGACCCAAUCAUGCAGAAAAAUUCUGGUUUAUCAGAAUUGAAACAAAAUAUAAACACCCUAGGAGCUUUUUGAGUCUAUCUUUAAGCUAUUUUCUAACCGACGUUGACACUUUUUUAGUAUGCUACAGUAACAAUCAGACUUUUAAAGCUCAGUUUAUUGAUGCAGUGAAGCCAAAAAUCUCUGAGUCUGCAGAUUUAAAAGCUUCCUUUCUGAAACCAAACAAUUCUAAUCAGAUGUGACCAAAGACAGAGAUGCUUUCACUUUAAUGUCAAAGACCAUAAAUCCAAUGAAACAGACAGCAUACUUAAGGCUCAUUAUUUUAAAGAUAAGCAGCAUCAAGGAGACUAACAGGCCCAGGUUAUACACUGUUUGAGAGCAUAUAUGUAUGCAAAACUAAUCAUCAUUCAAACACAGCUUUUAAAAGAGCACCACUAUUAAGACAGUUUUAAGACUGAUGCCAACUUGAAAGUGGAUUUAAAAGAAAAAGGUAAGAGAAACAAUUUUAAGCUGAAAUUUCCAUGCAGACUUUUCUAUUCAAAAGUAAAUUCAAACUUUUUUCAUUUCUUAAAUAUUUUCUACUAGUGCUAGAGCUCUGCCUGGUUAUCUUUGCAACCUAAGCACCAGGCUGGAAUGAAAGUAUUGUGAACAAAGCGUCCACUUUUGGUCAAACUACACAAGUGGUGAAGCAGGUAGGUCACCUCCCCAUGUGCGGGGGUGGCCUGGGUUCAUGUCCGGCCUGUGGCUUCUUUCCUGCAUGUCUCUCCCCCACUCUCUCAUCUGUUUCUGGCUUUAUCCACUGUCCUGCUCCCUAAAUAAAGGCAUAAAAACCCCAUAUCUUUGAAAAAACAAUAAAUAAUUUAUUAAAAAGUGAUACAUUUAAAACCAGUAUCAUUUAAUCUCGAAAUCCUACUUAUCUUUCUCAGUCGGUAAUGCAACCAUUUAAAUGUGUACAUCAUACACACUCUGGCUUAAGUUUUAAAUCACAUUAAAGCAAUGUCAUCGUUCUCCAGCGGGGGCGCAAUUUCACACAAACAGACCUGGAUGUGCAUCUCAUUAUGUUAAGUUGACGCUAACAUAUAAUAGAAGUUGCCAUUAAAUGGUUAACAAAAUUAUUCCUUAGUUGUUUUUGCUUAAAAAAUAUUUUAUUCUACUCAGAAAUUCCAAGUAAAAUAGUUUCUUAAGUAAAUAGAUGCUAAAUUACAUUCUUAGCAUUUCUGUGAUCAGUAACUGCAGUUGUGUCAUUGAUAAAUGGCACAAUUGAUCAAGAAAGGAAGCAGGCUGCGAUGACAAAUUUAUUUUCCAGAAAUUAAUGGAAAAAAAAGUUGUAAGAAUUGCCCAUUUAGAGAUGCUGUUUGGUUUUCUUCUUAGGUUGCUACUGCAGUAUCUACUGAAAGUGAAACAAUCAUUUGUAAGUUGUCCAAGGCAGUGUUUCUGAAACUUUUUCUGUCAAGGCACCAUUUCAAAAUUUCAAAAAAUCUCAAGUCAUCCCCAUCAAAAUGUGCUGACAAUUAAACUUCAAACCAACGUCCCUAUGAUUGCUGAGGGACUUGGAUUUGUGUAGUAAUAGAAUGAACAAGAUAAACCUCUGAAGUAGGAAUGCACAGUAUGGGAUUUUUGCAAAUAUCCGAUAUGCAGAUACUUGCAAAAAAACUAGCCAAUAUCAAUACUUAUAUCUAAAUGUAAAUGCUGAUGUAGAUCUCCACUAAAUAUUUACUAAACAACCAAUAUUUACAGCUGAUAUACGCAGACUUUUGUAGACAAAAUAUUGGUUGUAAAUAUCAGAUAUCAGACUGGUAAUAUCAUGCAUCCCUACUCAAAAGCAACCUCUUAAGACAUUUAAAAUGCCUUUUUUCCAAGAAAUGGCCUUGUAGGCCUUUAAAAACACAGUUUUUUCUUUACUUGUCAAAAAGGGGAAAAAUGAUAAGGAAUGCACAGUGCACAGUGCACAGUUGCACAGUGUGCACUUCAUGAGCUGGCCCCAACACUGAUGAUCAGGAAAAAUGCAUAUGAGACAACUGUUGUAAUUUAUGCUGAGAUAGCUAUUAAUCUGUGUAUUCAUUGUAGUUCUUGGUUGAAUGUAAAGUAAUUUGAAUGCACCGUAGUUGAGAAAGGCUGGUCUAAAGAAUAACUUUCUCAUCUUUCAUUGCAUAAGAAAGGGAGCCUGCUAACCCAUUUAUACUAACUGUCUCUGAUAGUGUACUUAGAUUGUACAACCUACUUCUUUAAAAUAAUGAGCCUUGAGUUUUCUGUCUCCUGAUUGGACUAAUUUUUCCAGGUCAAAGUUACAGCUCAGCUUUUAUUGUUUUAUGAUGCACUGAGACACUGGAGCAGCCUAAACACACAUCCACAUAACCACCCUGUCAAGGGUACUGUGUGAGUUUGAGUCUGCACUAAAAGUAUGCCAGAGUUCACAUCUGUGUCUAUUCACUGGAUUGUGCAAUAUUGUGUGUUUGACAGCAUCCCUCACUCCUUGUAAGUUCACCCUCAGAUGACCACUGCACACGCACGGCCAAUGCAAAGACGAUGAGAGCUGUAAAUACACGCGAGAAUCACUGAAUCACCACCAGAGAAGACGUCCCUGAAGGACUCUCGUGUUUCCCUCCUGGCCGCUGCUGGCCCAAAACUCCUAUAAUGAACUGACGACAGCGGGCGUCAGACAGACUCAGGUUUGGCUCUCUGCCCUGAUGUGGCAGCGGUCCAGAAAGCGUUGCGGAAACACUGAAACGAGUGUGGUCAUUAAAACACUGGCUAUCAGGAGAUUUUCUUCUGAAAGGAAAUUGUUCCAGAUGGUUUACUCCUAAUAUGUGGUCUUCUGUAAGCAAUGCAAAGUCUGUACGCACACAUUUUUGUACAUCUUCUAGAAAAACAUAUUUGAUAUGCACAUGUAGUUAGAUAAAUCAUUUAUUGAUAAGAUAAGUUUUAAGAUGAGAUAAGGUCCAUAGAGGGAGACUGAAUGUUUCCAAGUGUUGUAAAUUUACGUCAAAUUAUGCAUUAAAUAGUUUUAUAUUGUAUAAAUGAGGUUUUAAUAUGUGUAGAGAUGCCAAACAAUAACAAAACUGGCCCCAGAUGUAGUCCUGCACUGCCUGAAUCCUCAAGUAGCUGUUUUUAUCUGCUCCUAGGGGGUAUGUGGGGUGCAGGAAUACAGUAUUUCUAUUUUUCUUUGUGUCACUGUAUUUCCUCAUGCAUGCUGAGUGCCAUCAUGUAUCUCAGUGUGAGUAAAUAACAUUCCUGGACUUUGUUUCAGUGUGAUAAUGAGGACGAGGGUUGCUGCAGGAAAUAUGCUGCGGCACCUGCAGAGGGUGAGCUAUGCAGCCAUCGUGGGCGUCCUCGGCUUUAAACAGAGGAUUUCAUUUGAUUAAAGACUGCAGUUGACUUUCUUUUGUUUCAGAUCACCCACACGUGCACAUGCAUUUGUCAGUUGUUUUGUAAUUGAACACCAUUUCAGUUACGUAUAGUUUAUAACUUAGACAAUAGUUAAGAGCAAACAUUUAUGAGGCCAUGUCCGUUAAAUUCCCUUUGUUUCGCACAAGUUUUCUGUGCAAGAUAAAAAAAAACUCAUAAUCUUGUGUUUUAGU